AUGGCAGCCGCUCAGGUCGAAGACGCCACGACGGUCUCGACGCAACAUGACAUGCUUCUGGAUGAAGCUUGCCAGGCUACACGCCGGGAACACGAGCUCACCCUUCUGCCAUCCCUCCGAGUGUAUCGCAAAGCGAUCGCAUGGUCCAUGUUUUUGUCCUUGGCUAUCGUCAUGGAAGGGUAUGACAUGAAGCUCAUGGGCUCUCUCUUUGCCCUGCCAGCGUUCCAGAAGAAAUAUGGACAGCAGCUGCCCGACGGUACAUAUCAAAUCUCGGCUUCCUGGCAAGCUGGCCUGUCCAACGGUGCUUCCGCCGGCUCAAUCUUGGGCCUGCUUCUCAAUGGUUAUAUGGCCGAGCGGUUCGGUUUUCGCAGGACGAUGCUUGCCUCACUCUCAUUCAUCACCGUCAUGAUUUUCAUUCCUUUUUUGGCACCGAGCAUUGAGGUCCUACAGGUUGGCCAGGUUCUAAUGGGUAUUCCGUGGGGUGUCUUCCAAACCCUGACCACCUCAUAUGCCGCCGAGGUGACCCCGACCCACCUUCGUGCGUAUCUCACCACCUAUGUCAACUUGUGCUGGGUUUUUGGACAACUCCUCGCCAGCGGCAUCCUGCGAGGCGUAGUCACUCGCACAGACCAGUGGUCGUAUCGCAUCCCUUUCGCCCUGCAGUGGGUCUGGCCCAUUCCGCUUAUAGUUGGAAUUAUCUUCGCCCCCGAGUCACCAUGGUGGCUAGUGCGUAAGAACCGAUGGAAGGAAGCCAAGAUAACCCUCCUCCGGCUAACAUCGCCCGGUCGAAAUGAAUUUGAUGCUGACCAAGCUAUCGCGCUCAUGGUGAUGACGACCGAAAAUGAGCGGGAAUGUGGGACAGGAACAACCUAUCUUGAUUGCUUCCGUGGCGUAGAUCUCCGCCGCACAUCGAUCGCCUGUUGCUGUUGGGGUAUUCAAAUCCUAUCUGGCACCAGCUUACGCAUUUAUUCGACAUAUUUCUACGAGCAAGCAGGGCUCCAAAUUGAGCAGGCCUUCAAUAUGACUAUAGUGCAAUACGUCAUUGGUAUCAUUGGCGUAUUCAUAGCCUGGGCUAUGCUUCCACGUUUUGGCCGACGAACUCUUUACCUUUGGGGAUUGGCAACUUUAACGGUGGUCUUGCUGAUCAUAGGUGGCCUGGGUGCUGCCCAGUCUCACUAUCCGGCCCAUUCCAAAGCCACCAGCGGUGUGAGAAAUCAACUAGCUUGGGCUAUCGGAUCUAUGCUGCUUGUUCACACAUUCUUUUAUGAUGUCACCAUCGGUCCAGUGUGUUACUCGCUUGUGGCAGAGAUUCCGUCUGUUCAGCUUCGUUCUAAAUCCUUGGUGCUAGCACGCAUGACAUAUAACAUCUUCAACAUUGUCAGCAACAUUAUUACGCCCUAUAUGCUGAAUCCUUCGGCAUGGAACUGGGGCGCAAAAGCCGGGUUCUUCUACGGCGGCACAUGCGCUUUAUCCCUGCUAUAUACCUAUUUCUGUGUCCCCGAACCUAUCGAUCGGACUUACGCAGAGCUAGGCAUCUUGUUCCAACGGAAAAUCUCAGCCCGACGUUUUGCCGAAACACACAUUGACCUUCCCGACGUGAGGGAUUUUGAAGAAGUCUCCCCCAAAGGCGUGUAA